CUUGUGAAAUAAAGUAAUACACGACGACAAAUACGUAUCUGGUAAUCACGAACACAUACAGUCGAGACUAUCGCGUAUAUAGUAACCCUACACAAACACUUACAUAUACUUCUCUAAUAUACAAACAUGCCAGGAAAAGCUCAACCCCCAGAAAUCAAAAAAUUUUUGGACAAAAAAGUACAAGUGAAGCUCAACGGCAAGCGAACGGUCACAGGAGUAUUGCGUGGUUUCGACCCUUUCCUUAACGUUGUAAUCGAAGAUUGCGUCGAAGAGCGACCAAAUAAUGAAACAAAGGAUAUCGGCAUGGUGGUGUUGAGAGGAAACAGUAUAAAUAUGAUCGAAUGUCUGGACAGAAUCAUCUAGGCAUCUGAAGAAACCGGCGUACCUCACGAUAGUUCAAGAUCUUCGUUUGUCUUCUUGUGGGACGUACGAUAACUAAUCAUGAAGGAUACACGGUGUAUACAGAUUAAUCAUAUAAUUACUAUCGUAUCAAAAAUUAAAAAUUAAUACUCCAAACCAUCAAAGAAUAAAUACCAUAGUGUGAAACUUCGAAGACACUAAAAGCGA